UCUCAUUCGAAGAAUCAAAACCCUAACCCUAGCGCAGGCCGUCAUCGUUGCCUCUUCUCGCUGGUGCGUUGAUUGGAUCUCGCGGUAAGCAAUGGCGAAAUCGAAGAAUCAUACGGCGCAUAACCAGUCCUACAAGGCCCACAAGAAUGGGAUCAAGAAGCCCCGCAGGCACAGGCACACCUCGACGAAAGGGAUGGAUCCGAAGUUCUUGAGGAACCAGAGGUACGCCAGGAAGCACAACAACAAUAAGAAGGAAGCUUUAGGAAGUGAGGCAGAGGAGUGAAGAAGAGGUCUUUCUAGGCCCUUUUUUUUUGGUUUUGAUUGAACUAGUAAACCUUUUGUCUGAUUUCAUGUUAGAAUUGGAUCUUAAAUCUAUGUUUUUUAUGUCAGUCUGUUUAGACUGUUGUUUACUUUGGAUGGUAUAUUAAUUUGGCUCUUUCAGAAGCAUAUUUUGAUUUCUA